AUGAUUAGGGAGCGUGAGGCUAAGGAGGAGAUGGAUAAGAAGUUACAGGAGGCAGAGGAGAUUAAUAGGGAGCGUGAGGCUAAGGAGAAGAUGGAUAAGGAGUUACAGGAGGCAGAGGAGAUGAAUAGGGAGUGUGAGGCUAAGGAGAAGAUGGAUAAGGAGUUACAGGAGGAAGAGGAGAGUAAUAGACAACGUGAGGCACAAGAGUUAGAGGAUAAGAAGUUACAGGAGGAAGAGGAAGAGGAGAGGAAUAGGCAGCGUGAGGCUCAAGAGUUAGAGGCAGAAAAGGAGAGGAAUAGGCAGCACCAAGCUAAAGCAUUAGAGGAGGAAGAGGAGAGGAAUAGACAGCGUGAGGCUGAAGAGUUAGAGGCGGAAAAGGAGAGGAAUAGGCAGCAUCAGGUUAAAGCAUUAGAGGAGGAAGAGGAGAGGAAUAGACAGCGUGAGGCUGAAGAGUUAGAGGCGGAAAAGGAGGAGAGGGUUGGGUACAAUAAUGCACACAAUGAAGCACCAGGACCAUCAGUUGCUGAAGAAGAGGAAGAUACAGACGAUGAAAGAACAGAUGAUGAAGAAGCCAGACAGGAAGUGAAUGAAGCUAUAGAUCGACAAGAGGAAGAUACAAGUGAUGAGAAUACAGAUGUUGAAGAACCAAGACAGGAAGUGGAUAGUGCUACAGUAGAGAAAAAAGAGAGGAAGAAAGCCGGUCGAUCCAUAGAUGAAAAAGCUGUUAAAGGAAGUAAGUAUAAUUUGUGCAAAAUUCCUAUUUACCAAGGAUACCCACCAUUGAAGGCGUACCCUGAUAGUGUCAUACAAUUGGUUGCGGCACUUUGUAAUACAAGGAGACAAUGGGUUGAGGAAGCAGGUUUUGGGUCCAUCUUGAACCUAAAAAUAACAAAAUUGGAUAGAUAUUUCAUUGCUUUCUUACAAAGCCAGUGGGAUGCUAAUAGAGGAGUGUUACGAAUAAGGGAUGAUUAUGAGAUAGCUAUCACCCAAGAAAUGGGGGGUGCAAUAACUGGAUUGCCAUCUGGCGAAAUGAAGUAG